UUGUAGCAGCAGCAGUCCACGAUUGUCUUGACUUGGUUUCCUAAUUCUGAAAUUGAUAAGAUUUUACAAAUAAAAUGGCAGCUAAUACAAGAUUGCCGGUAACUCGCAGAGCCCUGGUCGUUCCAGAAUUAGAUGAGCUUUCAAGAGUCUUACAGGAGGGGCUGAAGAUCUGUUUUGAGACGGCUGAGGUCAAUGUAGUAGACUGUCCAGAUUUGACCCAACAACCUUUCACCCUUGCAGCCCCAGGACUUUGUGGAAAUCCACGGCUUGCUGAUGUUGGGGGUGUACCUUACUUGGUUCCAUUGGCUCAGAAAGAAAAGAAAUAUAACUUGGAUACAGUUGCUGAACAUGUAGAUCUUCCUGGAGCAUUCAUGCUUGGUGCUGGGGCUGGUCCCUUUGAUACCGUUGGUACAAAUAGUGAGAUGAUAACGAAUAUCAGAACCAAGUCAGCUGAACAAGAGGGUGACAAUCAGACUCGUAUCUCAUUGAUCAUUCCGGAAGAUGGCUCCUUCUGUCUCAAGAAAAGUCCAUGUAGAGAUUUCCAGCUCCUGGGGAACUUUCUGGCCACUGAAGGAAAACCGGGCAAGGUCCUGGAGGUGAAGUGCCAAGCUAGGCGAGGCCCUGAUAACUUUGUGUCUGUGAUGCGAUUUAUUCUCCACAAGCAUUAUGGGAAGGACAAGUUUCUUGGUUUAGGAGGCGUGUUUCUCAUCGAAGAAGGAAAGGCCAAGAUACAUAUCAUGCCUGAUUUCUCAAGAACGCCCCUCAACUCUGAGGAAGACGUGAAUAAAUGGUUAAAGUUCUUUGAGUUUAACGCUCCUCUCAUCUGUUGCAGUGUAUUUGUCAGCCAUGAUCCGGGUAUGGAUCUGAGAAUAGAGCACACACACUGCUUUAGCCAUCACGGCCAGGGAGGUCAUUACCACUACGACGUGACCCCGAAGACUGUUUCCUACCGAGGUUAUUUCGUACCAGCCGAGUGGAUGUACAGGAUAGAUCCUCCACAACAGACACAUAACAUUGGCCGAGACUAAAUGGUCCAUGACUUCAGUUCACAGAUUACAUGCCUAUCAAGGAAUAUGCAGAUUAUUUCUUGUUUUUUUUUUUUACAAUGAAUAAGUAUGACUUAGAAUCAUUGAUGAAAUAUUUAUGAUAAAAGCCAUCUCUGGUUUUGCAAAAUGUGCAGAUGAAAAGCGUAAUCAACUUUACAAAGGGCUUUCAAGUAAAACCAUGUUUUACUCUUGAUAGGGUUCCCUUGUUGAAAUAAUGGAGAUAGAUAGAAAGAUAUAAAUAAAUUGGAAUUCCUCGAAGUAUGUACCUAGUCUUGGUAUCAGCUAUGCCUUAUGUGAGAUUUCUGAGCUGUUCUCUGGAUCCCUCAUUAUUUGUACAGAUAUA